AUGCUGUGGCAAUUGGGCUUGACCACCUUGGCUGCGUUUGGCGCUUGGAAAUGGAGCUCUUCGCAGGAACAGACUAUCUCCUAUGCCGGCAUCGCCAUUCCUCCUCAGGCUGUGGUUAUCGAUCCACGAGCGUACAAUGUUCUGGGCGAACAUGGCAGCUUCCGCCAAAACUCGUUUACUGAGUUCUUCAACCCGACAAAUACAAGUCCUCCGUUCUUUCAGAUUUUCCAUCCAGAGUUCUUGCGAGUAUUGGGUGACCGGCCAACGAUUCGGACCAUCGCUUCUCGCCCUGGGACCAUCUUCGCUCAUGAAGCACCCGUAUGGUUCCCGGAAAGCGAUGAAGUGUUCUUCGGCAGCCAUUGCCAAGGGCCGGAAGGUUGGCGUGACUGUCGUGGUAAUAACUUCAUGUCGAAGAUCAGCAUGCGAGAAGUGAAGGACGCCGUUCGCGCUGCCGGUACUAAGUAUGGAGCGCCGUUGAACAUUACUGUCACUCAGCUCGAGACCCCCGAGGUCCGGCAGAAGACAUGGGGUGCAACGGGUCCUUACAGGUCAUCGCUCAUUCUGAUUAACUCAGGCAAUGUUGACCACCCGUCGUCACUCGCGCUCAUGAACCCUGCACCACCGUACAAUGUCACGGUGCUGUUCGACAACUAUUACGGGAGGCAAUUCAACUCACUCAAUGACGGGAAAAUUCAUCCCAAGAGCCACAAGAUCUUCGUGACAGACCCCACAUACGGAUUCCUCCAGCAUUUUCGUGAACCUCCCACGUUGCACAACCAGGUCUACCGCUUCGACCCGGACACUGGCCAUGUGAGGGUUGUUUCAGACGAGCUGAUACGGCCCAAUGGCCUGGCAUUCUCUGCAGACGGUAACACUGCAUACGUGGCGGAUACUGGUGCUGCUAUUGGAUUCCACGGACGGAACCAGACUCUACCCGCAACGAUCUACGAGUUCGAUGUCAAUCCUAAGACUCAGGUCUUCGAGAACAAGCGCGUCUUCGCCUACAUCGACGCCGGUGUACCGGAUGGUAUACAGCUCGACAAGUUCGGGAAUGUGUAUUCAUCUUGUGGAGAUGGCGUUCAUGUAUGGAACCAUGACGGCGUUCUCAUUGGGAAGUUCUUCGUCGGACAAGUCUCAUGCAAUAUCGUCUUUGCUGGGGAUGGAAACCUGAUCAUCCUGUCGGGCGAUCAGGUCUUCCUUGCAGAAGUCGCAGCAGGCGGCAUAAAGCUCGCCUAUCCGUGA